CCCAGGCUCACGACGUUUGUUUGAACCUCACCUGUGUCGUCGCGAAGACGAGCGACGAGAGCCGCUGUCCGCCCGCCUCUGCAUCCGCAGCAGCAACCCCCAGUAGCAGGCGCAUCCGGCCUCGAGCUGCUGUUUUCGGUCCGCCGAGCCCUUGUCAGCGCGCAGCUGAGCCGCAUUCAUUCACCCAUAUCCAUAUCCUCAGCAGCAGCCGGGCAUCAAUCGAGCAAUAGAGGCUGUAGUCACCAUGUCGGGAUUCCUGCACUUCCUCAAGACAAUCUUCAUCCCGCUCUUUCUCGCCGCGCUGCUAUACCUCUUCCUCGCCCACCUCUUCGUCCCCUUCGUGCGCCGAUAUCGAUCGCGUUACAGCCAGUACCUCCCCAUGCCCGCAUCCUUCGAGGGCAUGUCCACCACCACGUCCUCCUGGCGAACCCGCGUAUCCGACGCGCUGUUCAACCUCUUUGUCCCGUCUAGCUGGACAUUACGGCAUCGCAGCGUUGUCGACGGAAGCGGAGGCGAGCACAAUGAAGACGAGCUCUUUGACGAUGAGGAGGGCGAAGGCAUGGUCGGCUUCGACCCCAUUGAUGAGCACAGACGGGAGGCUCUGGAGCAAAGACGGAGUAUGAUGGGCGAGGAAGACCGGAGGUUGAGCAGAGAGUUGGAGGAGGGGUUUAAAGAUGAUAGUGAUGAUGAGACGGAAGAUGAUAGACGGCCGUCACUCUCACGGUCAAGGAAUUCUGAUACAUUCUAUUAAUAGAGCAUCUUCUCGUGUGGACGGCCCUUCACGGAUACCGGUAUAUGGGACGUAAGGCUUUCAGGUUGAUUUGGAUCCUUAAGUGGGUAUGGCAUUUUGGGAGCGCAUCGCAUUUGCAUGGUUUGGUAUGUAGGAGUAUCAAGGAUUCAUUGAUUUAUGUGCAGCCUACAAUUG